AUGUCAGGUAAAGAGAAAAUCGAGAACCUGGAUGCCGUCUCUGUGCUAACAUCGACGGCAGAUCCAUCUGUCUCCAACCCAAGUAAGUGGCAGGAGUUCAAAGACUCCUUCAAACGCGCCGACUUAGAUGAGUCAGCCUUCUCCCCAGGUAUGACAGAAGCUGAGAGAGCUAUAGCGGCAACUGCCAAUUCUCCUAUGCAAAAAUCCCUUAAGCCAAGGCAUAUUCUGCUAAUUACUCUAGGUGGAAACAUAGGUACUGGUCUAUUUGUCAGUUCUGGAACGGCCCUAAGAACGGGAGGACCAUUAGGUGUUUUAAUAGGGUGGAUUAUCACGGGUGCAUGUUGUUAUACAGUCGUCCAAGCAAUGGCCGAACUCACUGUCAGAUUCCCAGUCGCAGGUUCGCAUACCACAUUUGCCAAUCGUUUCAUUGACAGAUCCUUUGGUUUUGCAGUGGCAUGGGAUUACGCUCUGCUAUGGUUAAUUGUUCUUCCAUUGGAAUUAGUGGCUGCCUCAAUGACCAUUAAGUUUUGGACCACCAGCAUCAAUCCAGACAUAUUUGUGGCGAUAUUUUAUGUUUUCAUCGUAGCAGUUAAUUUCUUCGGGGUUAAAGGGUAUGGAGAGGCGGAAUUUGUCUUUUCAUCCAUCAAAAUCGUAACCAUCAUGGGUUUCAUAAUAUUAGCUUUGGUGUUGAUCUGCGGUGGAGGUCCAACUCACGAAUACAUAGGUGCACAAUAUUGGCAUGAUCCAGGAGCAUUGGCGUCUGGAUUCAAAGGUGUGUGUUCAGUUUUUGUCAGUGCUGCCAUGUCUUAUAUGGGUACUGAAGUGUGUGGUCUAGCUGCUGCCGAAUCAGCCAACCCAAGAAAAGCCCUUCCAGCUGCCAUUAAACACGUAUUCUGGAGAAUUCUUUUAUUCUACAUUGUUGUGCUACUUUUAGUUGGUAUGUUGGUUCCCUUUAACUCUGAAAGGUUACUGGGAGCUGGAGGGGGAACAUCUGCAUCGCCAUUUGUCAUCGCAAUCCAAACACACACAAUCUCAGGCCUUCCAUCUGUUAUGAAUGCCGUCAUCAUGCUAUCACUACUUUCAGUAGGUAAUUCUGCCACCUUUUCGUGCUCCAGAACAAUUUGUGCUCUCGCUGCUCAAGGCAUGGCACCGAAGAUAUUUGCCUACGUUGAUCGUAAAGGAAGGCCGCUAUAUGCCCUACUGCUAUCUGCAGUAGUGGGACUGUUUUCCUUUAUCGCUGCCUACAAGGAUCAAGACACCGUAUUCGCAUGGCUAUUGAGUAUCUCAGGUCUGAGCUCCAUAUUUCUGUGGUCUGCCAUUGUUCUGUCGCACAUUCGAUUCCGAUAUGCGAUGAAAAAACAAGGUAGAUCAUUGGAUGAACUUGCCUAUGUGAGUAACACAGGGGUGUAUGGGUCAUAUUUUGGACUGCUAGUCAACAUCCUGAUCGUCAUUUGUCAAUUCUGGGUUUCACUCUUCCCAGUAGGAGGAGCAGAGCCAUCCCCCGUCAUCUUCUUUCAAGGGUACCUAUGUGUUCCGUUAGUGCUAGUAUUAUACCUGGGACACAAAAUCUACAAGAGAAAUUGGGCAAUGUACAUUCGCAGUGAAGAGAUGGACUUGGAUACAGGCCGCAGAGAGAUGGACCUUAACCUAUUAAAGCAGGAGGUUGCAGAGGAAAGAGAACUCCUAAGGCAGAAACCAUUUUGGUACCGCACUUACAAGUUCUGGUGCUAA